UUACAAAAGCUCUCCCCAAGCCCGGCCCAGCGGAAGGAGCGAGUCGGGAGUUGUUUGUUUCUGCGCGCACCUCCACCGCCCCUCCUUGCGGAGAGAAUCGGGGUGACUGACUGGUCCGAAGGAACGAGCCCUGAGCUCGCAGCAGCAAAGAUGAAAUUCUUCUUGGACAUGGUGCUGCUCCUGCCCUUCCUGGUUCUCUUCUGCCUAGAGUCUCUGGUGAAGCUUUUUAUUCCUAAGAAGAAAAAAUCCGUCAGCGGAGAAAUUGUGCUAAUCACUGGAGCGGGACACGGAAUCGGGAGGCAGACCGCCUAUGAAUUUGCCAAACUGAAAAGCAAACUGGUUCUCUGGGAUAUCAAUAAGCAUGGAAUUGAGGAGACAGCUGCGGAAUGCAGGAAGCUGGGUGCCCAGGCCCACCCUUUUGUAGUAGACUGCAGUAACCGAGAAGACAUUUACAACUCUGCCAAGAAGGUCAAGGCCGACGUUGGAGAUGUUAGUAUUUUAGUAAAUAAUGCUGGGGUAGUCUACACAUCUGAUUUGUUUGCUACACAAGACCCUCAGAUUGAAAAGACUUUUGAAGUUAAUGUACUUGCGCAUUUCUGGACCACAAAGGCAUUUCUUCCAGCGAUGAUGCAGAAUAACCACGGCCAUAUUGUCACUGUGGCUUCAGCGGCGGGUCAUACUGUGGUCCCCUUCCUGCUGGCUUAUUGUUCCAGCAAGUUUGCUGCUGUUGGAUUCCAUAGAGCUUUGACGGACGAGCUGGCUGCCUUGGAACGCACGGGAGUCAAGACGACGUGUCUCUGCCCUAAUUUUAUAAACACUGGCUUCAUCAAAAAUCCAAGUACCAGCCUGGGACCCACCCUGGAGCCUGAGGAAGUGGUGAGCAAGCUGAUGAAUGGGAUCCUGACGGAGGAGAAGAUGAUUUUUGUGCCGUCUUCCAUACGUUUGCUAACGAUUCUGGAAAGGAUCCUUCCUGAGCGUUUCCUGGUGCUCUUAAAACAAAGGGUCAACGUUAAGUUUGAUGCCGUCAUUGGAUAUAAAGCCAAGAAGCAAUGAGUGCCCUAUCUUUCUGGAGCCUGAUUUGCCAAGUUUAAGUUGAUCUCACGUAAUGCCAAUCACGAGUUUGAAUGUUGGAACUUCUGUUUCUUCCUAAUUGGCUUCUCUCCCCUCCCCCAUAUCACUU